AUGAAGCACCAACAAGUAAAUGUAGACUACUGGGCAAUGGCUAAAACAAUGUUUACAUACGGCGCACUGACAGCACUGUGUUGGAUUAUGUUGCGACUUUUCCACACUGUGUUUACAUUACCUCGAAGAUUGCGGUCGCAGCAGGAAAAUAUACAGAAUACUUUACAAGAACUACAGAAACGGUUUCCUGAUCUUAAUAUCACUGAAGAUGAUUUAAAGAAUGCUGAGAAGGAAUUAGAAGAAUUUAUGAAAGAAGACGAGAAUAAGAAAAAUCAACUUGAAAAAGUAGAAGAAAAAGAAGAAAAUAAAGAGGGACUUAGAGAAAAUAUCAGUGGUGAGGAUGUAUCAGAGGAAAAAAAGAAAGAAAAA